AUGUAUAUCUUUUCUUUCCUUCAAUUUUCUAUAUUCUCGUUUUUUUCUUUCUUUACAUAUUCUUUAUUUCUUCUUAGGAUUUCUUUCUUUCUUUCUUUAAGGAUUUAUACCCUGUCUUUAAAUUUUGCAUAUAUUCUUUUUCCUUUGAAUAUCGUAUUUUCUAUCUAUCUAUCUAUCUAUCUAUCUAUCUAUCUAUCUAUCUAUGUUGCAUUUUCUUUCUAUCUACCUAUCUUAGUCUAUUCACGUCUGUCUGUCUGUCUAUCUCAGUCUAUUCAUAUCUGUUCAUCUCAGUCUAUUUAUAUCUAUCUAUCUCUGUCUAUAUCUAUCUAUCUAUCUAUCUAUCUAUCUAUCUAUCUAUCUCAGCCUUUUCAUAUCUGUCUAUCUCAGUCUAUUUAUAUCUAUCUAUCUCAGUCUGUUUAUCUAUCUAUCUAUCUAUCUAUCUAUCUAUCUAUCUGUCUAUCUAUCUAUCUAUCUAUCUAUCUACGUUGCAGUUUCUAUCUACCUAUCUCAGCCUAUUCAUAUCUCUCUAUCUAUCUCAGUCUAUUUAUAUCUAUCUAUCUAUGUUGCAGUUUCUAUCUAUCUACCUAUCUCAGCCUAUUCAUAUCUGUCUAUCUAUCUCAGUCUAUCUAUCUAUCUAUCUAUCUAUCUAUCUAUCUAUCUAUCUAUCUAUCUAUCUGUUUCUUUCUCUUAUUUUCCUAA